AGAAAAAUCAAGGCUCUAUGGAUUCUUCCCAAUUGGACCUGAUCUUGAUUCUGAAGUGAAAAGACCCCCGAUGCUUUUCUUGUGUUCCAUGAAGACCGUCAGGAGGGCGCUACAAUUACACUGACGCGCAUGGAAAGCGACGAGACUGAAAUCGUUGCGCCCCUUAUGGCCGCGAAGGGUCUGGGAUUCGGCACUGCGCUCCCAUGGCGCGACAUUGAUGCAGAGCCUGAGGGGGUGCCGGGCGCAAGGCUGCCGCACUUGCUGCGGCCGGCAGCGUGCGCGACGGGGGGGGGGGUUGCCCCCGUUGGCGACGCAGUACGGCGGCAACAGCUUCGGGCGCGGGUGGCCCCGUGUAUUUCCGGCGUUCUCUGGAUGCAAAUCGCGCGCGCCCGCAGCCGCGUCCUUGCUUGGCGGUUGUUCGAAGCGUAUGGCAGCGCGCGCGCCAGUGACUGGCGCAGCACCCGCGCCGCGUUGCGAGGCGGGCCGCGGGUUCAUUGGGGCGCGGUGGGGAAGUGUGCGGCCCGGAUUCGGGGGGCCUCGCCCCCCGCAGCCACAUCCAUGCCGGCGCUGGCGCCCAAGCAAGGCGCCGGCCUGCAGUUCCUGCCAGGUCCUGCCGCCUGCCCCGCGGGCUGCCAUCCGGCGGCCGCGGUGGCAUAACUGGCGGGGCUCCGAGUCCUGAGGCCCCCGCGGCGUCAAGGGCGAGGAGGGCCAAACAUAUUGAAGCUUCCUUGCUGCGAUCUGAAGCGUCGCGCCUUGCUGCUCGCCCGCGUGUGCGGAAAUGGGAAUGCUUCCGAUGAUGAUGCAUUUUUCGGCUUCCGGACCGUGCUGCGGUCUCGUCCCAUGCUGAGGAAGAUAUUUGGUGGCAGCAGUGGGACCCCAGGGCGCGCUCCCCUGCUGAGCCGUCUGCAAUCCAUCUGGAGCCGCGCCGCUUUCGCGGAAGUUUGUUUCCGGAAGUCCAACGGGCAGAAGCAGGAGGCUCCAUCGCCCUUGGUGUUGAGGGGCGCCAUGGUUGUGCCAACCAGUCUGGCAGUGACCAGCGCCGCCCAAGGAAAAACGCGACGCCAAUGUCGAGCCGCGGGGCCGGCUUCCGGACAACAGCGAAAGGGCCGGACGGACGCGAAGGACACAGCUCUGCAGCACGGUUCCGAUGGACGUAGACGGAGCCGGGCCCGCGCAUUGCGCCGCGCCGCGACCGAGUCAGUCCUGUCCCUCCGCAUGGGCGCGCAAAAUCUUGGGCGCCACGGCGCCGCGCCCCCUGGCGGCCCGGUUUUUUUCUCCCAGCCGGGGCCCUUAGUCUUCAGGCUGUGCCCUUUGCCCCACUUGGCACGCAGGCGGCACAGCCAGCCACAAGGCAGGCCCCCCCGCCCCGCCGCGCAUUCCCUGGCGCGUGGGCGCACCAGCCUGCGUCUCCGGGCGCGGCCGAGGUUGUGAUAUGGAAGCGAGGCGGCCCGGGUGGUGUGUGAUGUUGAUGUGUGUUGGCCCCCCGGCAAUGGCAUCCAUUGGUGGUUUUUCGGUUCGGCCCGAGCCUUGUUUGAAGGCGGCCGGGUUGCCUCAUGGACUGGGCGCGGUUGCUGUGCCGCUGUCAGGGUUACUGUGAGGGCCCAAGCGGCCGCGCAGGUGCGCGACCGAUUCCUACUUGCAUGCAGCGUCUACAUUUUGGAAUGGCUACCGGAUGCCACGGCCGUCUCAUCGCUCGCAGUUUGCCUGCCAGCCAUCGUUCGCAUUUGUGUGUUGUUCCAGCGGCGGUCAAGGAUGGGAUGAACAUGGACAAAAUCCUUAUUGGGGAAAAGGCAUGAGCGUGGAUACAAUUUUCAGAAAAGCAAAGCCGUACCAAAGUAAUCGUGCGGAACCAAGACGACUUCUUAUCGUGCAUGAGCGUAGUCUUUGCCAACGCUUUUGUCCCGGCCCACACGAGGAUGGAUCAAAACGCUACGAGUUGUCUCGGAGUCGCUGCAAAGUUGUCGACAGUUUUCUAUUCGCCGGAAAGAUGGCUUAGAUAUCGCCGCUGGCAUUGCCCCACAGCAGAAUCACAGCUCACAUGCCAUCUCUUUUGGGGCGGAAACGAUGACAAGUGAACUGCCCGCUCUCCUAGUCGGAGACUAAGCGAAACAAAUAGUGAGAAAGUAGAUAUGAUCCACAGGAGUCAAAGCAACAAGAUGCAGAUGAGCGACGUUUAUGUAGUAAGGAUUUGAGUUUGAACGACGGUGUUAUAUGUUCAGGGGGUUUAAGACUUUUCUGUUUCAAAAUAAGAAGGUAAUCGUGCAUAGAAGAAAAAAGAUAGUGUUUCGCUUAUGGUUCCCCAAGGGAGCGGAUUUUUUUUCAUUUCCUAUACUCUGUGCCGGAAGCCCCGAGGCUAGUCUUCAUCGGUCAGCUUAUGAGGAUAGACGAGUUUGUGCAACAGGCUCACGUGCGCGGUGUUCGUAUGGCUCGCCCAGGUACCCACGGCGCAGAAACUGUCACGGCAAAGUCAACAGGAGAACGCGUGGAUUACCACCGGACCACAAGUAAGUUCGAACAACCGGAGACGGAAGAUAAACCGGGGGCUCCGGAUGAGGCGGCGGUCAGAGUUUAGAUCAAAUAGUUGGACUAGCAGCCUUUGUCUCCUUCACGCACAAGUAACAUGCUAAUGCUGUGUCUAGAUGAAAGGUCAAACUAAAUGCAAGCUUGCCCUUUUUUAGUUUUUUUUCUCUUUCUAUUUAGUUGCUAAUUCAAGGUUAUAGGAUAAGUAGUCGAAAUAGGGGUUUUCACACUACCAAAGCGCCCAAACUGCAGUAUUGUCGCUUUUUUAGUCAAGCACUUUUCAAAUAGGAUCUUGCACAACAAGGUCGGCCAUAGCUCAGGAUCCUGGAGAAAAAAAGUUUUAGAUUGCACAGAGCGAUAUUCACAGAACAAAAAGAAAUUUUUCUUGCAGCGUACGAGGAGUUUUAGAAAACUUUACUUAGAGUUUACCCAUAGUUUUUUAGUACUACUUUGAGAGAACCCGGUGAAGAAGUUACACAGAGGACCCGCUGAAGGUGAACGCACGUGAGACCUGGACACUCGCUGCCAUAAUCGGCUUUGCCGGUUGGCUAGCGCGCUUCUUUGAAGCGAAUCUAAAUAAAUAAUAAAUCAUGCACUUUGUGGCUUAGAGUUUGGUUUUCCGAGUUAAUAAACAAAGAAUGUAAACCACGUAGUAAAAAGAGAAACCUAUAAGCAGCGCCAGUAGCAUUUUUUAUGAUAUCAAUCCCCAUCUGGAUCUGCAAUUAUAUAAUGUGAAGAUCAGAACUUGAAUCAUGCUGGGCCAGGAUCUGUUCCUUUUCGCGGUCGACGGCGUAUGGUCGUCUUUUCUACUUCUCCGCGUGAUUCGCGCGUGGUCGAACCGCGUGAAGCGGGAGGCCAAGUUGGAAACGUCCGAGAAGAAUGUCGCGAGAACGUUCGAGCGAAAGCAGCAGGCCCAAACCUUCCACCGCUGGCGGAAAAACGCUUCGCAGCAGAAAAACCUGCGCGCCUUCACCGCGCUUCGACGGAAGAGGGAGAAGGGGCAGCUGAAGGAGUUUCUCCGGUCGUGCUUCCUCACCGGGUUGAAGCAAUACGCGAUCCAGAAACGGAAGCUGUUUGAAGCCAGCUGCGUGUUGAAGGGGCUGCACCGCGCGCGGGUGCUGCAGGAGGAGUUCCGUAGUUGGAAAUCGUUCACCCUCGCCUGCCGGUUCCGCGAGCACCGCAAAGUUUUGAACGCGGUGAGGAGCUGGUACGCAUUCCAGCAGCGCGAGGCGGCGAUUUCUGUUUUGAAAAUCAAAGCGUACCAGUUUGCGCAGAGAGCGAAGCUGCGCUUCGUGUUCCGCGAUUGCUGGAGAGCCGCCGUGAGGAGCAGUCAAACAACGAGGAACGAGCAGGAGAAAAUUCUGGAGCUGCGGGCCCUGCGCAACUUACUGCAGCGGUCCUGGCAGGCGUGGCACAGUGCACGAGAUCGCAUUUACCUGCGGUGGGUGCGGCCCAGGCGACAGUAUGUGCGCAAGUUGUUGUGCAAGGUACAGUUAGGAGAAAACAACUUUUGAAUAUUACUCGAAGAUGCUUGUCCUUGUCGGAGGAAAUCAUUUACAUUUCCAAUCUACAUCAAGCACGGGGUAUUAAAAAGUAAACUCCACCACCUCUGUAGCGGAAGUUGUAAGUACUUCUUCUCUUCACACAGGUACUGUUUCUCCUGAAGCUUCGCGUCCUUCGCCGCCAGCAGCUUCGCGAGCUUACGGACCAGUUAGCGGAGUCCGUGUCUCUUCGAAAAAAACAGCGCACCGUGCCCAUCUGGUUUGCCGCGGCGAGGAAAAAGCGCGACUGGCGGACCAGCACGGAAUUGAAGCUAAACGCUUUUACGAGGAACACUCGCUUCCCUGGUCUGCAAAAGCGGAGCUUCUUUCUCUGGAGACAUCGCGUGACGCGCAGGAAGCAGUUUGAAGCGUCUUUGGACCAGCACGAACUGGACUUCAUCCUCCGCCCGUUUUUCCUCCGCUGGCAACGAGAUUACACGGUGCUGCAUGCCAGACCGGAAACAAAGAUCCAGAACGACACGGCCAGGAAGUUCUUCCGGAAGAAGUUUCUCGGGGAAUUUAUUUUAAAGUGCUGGCGGAAGCAAACCAUAACCGAGAAGCAGAACGCGGAACACCUGAGGACAGCGUUGACGUUCUGGUAUCUGAUAUCAAAUGCAAAAAUGUCUGGGUCUGCAAGAAAAAGAAUGCAGGUUUGUCAUGCUUGUCUGGCAUGACUCGAGAAUCUGUGUUGCAUAUGGAGGAAAAAGCCCUCCUACCUGUCAUGCAAAAACGCAGUUUGCCAUGCCAUGCGGAAUACGUAAGACAUGGCAGCCAAAAAAUUUGUCAUGCAUGGUUGCCGCGUAUUGCAGUGCGUCUAUCAUCCACUUUGAGCAUUACAAGUUUCCAGACUGAGACAUAUUUGCAAUCCAUAUCUGAACUCGAUGGGCAAAACCGUUCGGUGCUGGAGGAGUUCUGUGGGGAAAAGAAAGGAGAAAAGAAGCCGGGAAGAGCUCGCGAUGGCGCAGUUUAGGACCGCGCAAAGGCGAAACACGGUCCGGGAAUUGCUGAAAUUCGUGCUGUAUGCAUUGCAAAAGUAUCUGGGUCUGGAAGAAUGCAGGACUUGUCAUGCUUGUCUGGCAUGACUCUUGGAUCUGUGAUGCGUAAGCAGCAGGAGCGGGGCCUCCUGCCUGUCAUGCAAAAACGCAGUUUGCCAUGCGGAAAACGAAGCACAUGGCACGUGCAAAAACUUGUCAUGCUUGGCUGCAUAUUGUAGUGCGCCCACGGUUCACAGACUUGCAUCACAAGUUUCCAGACCCAGACAUUUUUGCACAGGAUAUGUUGUUGGAAGAGGAGAGGGAGGAAAACGAGCUCAGGCAGAAGUUCGAAGCCGACUGGGCUCACAAAGAAAAGUAUCGCAAGAAAAAAAUGUUACAGUCACACAUUGUGUUGCAGGAGCCGCAAGACAGACAACCUUUGUCACGCAGGAAAUGCUUGCGAGCCUCGUUUCCUACGUAUUUUCCCUUAGGAUCUACUUUGCAUUACAAGUUUUCUCUGACACACAGAGAAAAUGUGUGAUGCAGAAACUCCAACAAAUGCGUAACUGUAACGCUUUUUUCAUGGGAUAAAAAGCUCGCACGUCCAGUUGCCGACCGGUUUUUGCAACUGCUGCAUGUCGGUGCUGCAACGAAAAAGAGCAGGAACCACUCCGCAGCUUACACUGAUGUGUCGAAUGAUGAACCUCGUUCUUCCAGAACAGAAGAUCUCCUCCAGCAUGUUGGAGGACCUACACUGCGAAAAGAAAUCGGAUUCGCGCAUGCAACUGCUAGAAGUCCUUGUCCUACUGGUGCGCACGUACUAAAAGAACCUUCAUGCAACUACUACAAAAAGGAAAGCGAAGCUACGCAUAUGAUGAGGACAGAGCACAAAAAAACUGAGGAUCGGUGUCCUAGUGAUAUGGAUAUCGACGGGGUACAGCUUCUAGAGGUGCGUGAUAGUUCGAAUAAUGUCAACUACCGCUACGCGAUAGCAACUGCGCAAUAAAGACCUGCACCUGCUUGUAUUUAGUUAUGUCACGACGUGUGUCUCCUGUCGUGUGUAAUCCUGGUGCCAACAUAUUGUUCUACUUAGAACUGGACAGAAGUAGGCACAUUGAGUUAUAAUCCCUGCAACAAGAUCCGAUUGACAACGACAAGAGCAAGUGGCUGAUCUCGCGUUUAGAUCUGGCUCGAAGUACAUAACAACAGAUGGAUCUGAGAAACGUAUUUUUAGGGGUAGACAAGUACAAGGACAAACUGUGGAUGUCCCUCAUGCAGGGUGACCGUGACCACAAGCAGCAUCAGCAAGCAUGAUGCUAUGGCGGAUCUAUUAGGUUUGCGAUUCUUUUGCGUGUAGUGUCGAUCUCUGAAGCUGACGGCGAGGAUCCCCGUUGAUUGCAUAAGUUCUUUUAGCCAUGGAGAACGGGGUACAUUUUUCAAUGCGACCACCAUUUCAUUUUCUACGCAUCACGCUAUGCCACAUGUGAUUUAAAGAUAGAAUCUUCUGCUUUCAUGCCUUUCUUUGAGAUUUUUCUCUUGUGUUUGCACUGAUAUCAGGGACGAGCAGGGAAAGAGAAUAACCGUUGCCAUCAUCUUCUCGACGAUGCACUAUACGGCGCCAAUCAUCAUUUUGCCUUGAACCUAAAAAGUUGGUCUUUUUUUUUAGAACUCACACACUAUUUCACGAACGCCUUUUUCAAGCCUAUCAAGAAAGAAGCUCAAGGCAAUUUUCGCAAAUUUUUCUAAGGCGAUACGGGAAGAAUACAGCCUAUAUCUAGUACUGCGCGAGCGGGUAGAUGAUUUUGGUUCGUAUGCCCACUAUCGCAUGAUCUAAGGCACCAGCAGCACUUCACUUUAGAAGGGAUACAUAGAAAUUUCAACUUUUCAUCUUGCGCGCGCUGCUUAAUGGCUGCGUAGGUGAUAUCAGUAUAGCUACCAAGUAGAAAAUCAGUUUUAUUUCCUAGUUGAUAGAUUUAUUUGCGCCGUCGAUAUUCUCCGUUGAGAAGAAAAAGUGUAGGUGAAUAGGCUAUUUCGUGGAAUAGGAGGUCUACUACUAGCAGGCGUUUUUUGAAGAUUACGCCCAAUAUCUGAAAGUUCACCGUUCUCACCAACACCCAACUUUUCGAGACAAAAGCACUGAACGACUUCAUCGUUGUCUCCAAAUUCCCUAUCUCAACAUUUGGAACGAAGAAGAAGGCACUACGAACAUCUGCGCUGGCGUCGAAUUGUCCGAGUUUUUAGACACGGAGCUUUUCUUUCCUGGUCCCUCAGCAAUUUUACUCAUUCCCGACUGCCUGGUGCGUGCACCCGGUUGGAAUUAUCUCGAUUUCUUCCGGGCUUUGAGUUUGUGUUGCGAAAACACAACGUUAAAAGCACAAACCUGAUCGCAGCUGCCCUCCUGUCCUGCUUCGGAGUCGCACGGCACCGGAGAACUAUUAAAGCGUGGGAGAACAAGCUACAAGGAAGUGUGGAUCCAUCUGAUGAAAACAAAUUCCACCCACAAAGACGAACGACACGAAGAACAAAACCGCUAAAAAUUUAUACAGAAAACGAACGACCACAAGCAAGAAUUAGAUCGAAG